AUGACGAAAUCGUUCAUAGAUAAGCUGCCCGCUGAAUUACGAUCAAAGAUAACCAGAAUCACAUCUGUUAUACCAGAUUCUCUUUCCAUAUUUGAGGAACUGUACAAUUAUGCAUUAGAACAAGAUACCAAUGAUGGCACCAAGAGGAAAAUUGCCAAGAAUAUUUCCCGGGCAGCCAAUGGCACUGGGAAAUCAGAUACAGAUAUCGAUGACACUAAUGUCAUCUUUAAGCUAGAAAACGUCUCAGUUUUAUCUCCCUUGAGGAAGAAAUUAAACGUUGUUUUACACCUAAACAAUGGCCAACCCACUUUAUCAUUAGUAAAGGAUUCCAUGGUGGAACUCUCAGUUAGUGACCUUAAAUCAAACAUUAAUUUUGCAACUUUCCUCCCCGUACCAGAGAAACCAAAUCUGGCGUACUUAUUUAUUGUUUAUGAUCCAAAUGACAAUGAAAAUUAUAAAUAUUCCGAUCCAAUCUUAAUAACAUUAAACAAACAACAUACUUUAGCAGAAUUCCAGGAGAAGCAACUAAUAAGUCAAGCCAAGGAUGUUGAUUUUGUUAAAUGCAUAGAAUAUAUAAGGAAACAAGCGAUUCUAACAGGUUUCAGAAUAUUUGAUUCGUUUAGCUCAACACUUCCAGAACAAAAAUCAUUCCAUGUGGAGGGCCAUAGAGGGACUAAAGAAGGUACCUUAUAUUUUUUGCCAGACCAUAUAAUUUUUGGUUUUAAGAAACCAAUUUUAUUAUUUAAAUCAUCUGAUAUCGACUCUAUUACUUAUUCCUCAAUUACAAGACUAACUUUCAAUGUCACUUUGAUUACCAAAGAAAGUGAAAAGUUUGAAUUUUCAAUGAUUGAUCAAUCUGAAUUUGCAAAGAUUGACGAAUAUGUAAAGAGGAAACAAGUUAUGGAUAAAUCCAUGAGCGAAGAAUUAAAGGCAAAGAAACAUAACAAGGAUAAUGAGCAACAACAAUCUAAUCUUGGUGAAAUUGCUGCACAAUUAGGUGAUGACAUUGGCAUUAAUGGUGCACCAUUUGAUUCCGAAGAUGAAGAAAACGAUCAAGAUUUUCAAACUGAUUCAGAAAAUUCAGACGAUAGCAAUGAGGAAUCUGAUGAAGAAGUGUCUGGAAUAGAGGAAGCUGAAGAAGAUGCAGAAGAGGAAGAGGAAGAGGAAGAAGAAGAUAACGAGGAAGAGACCGUCCAGCAACAAAAUCAUAAGGCUGACAGUGGAAAAACAAAUUCAGAUUCAUCGGCUGCUUUUGAGGACAUUCCAAUUGAACUCGAUGAGGAUGAUGAGGAUGGUGGCUCAGGUGUUGAAUAUGAUUGA